AUCGCAAUACAGGAGGACUAGAGAAAACUCGAACUGUCAACAUCAGGAAAAAGAAACAACAGACGAACGAACAGUCUGAAUAGAACAGGCGAACUAAAAGUUAACUGGAUGAAUAGUUAAUAUUGCUGCAAGGAUAAAUUAAUUACAUUGAUUGAUAUGAACCAAGGCAAUGUAAUAUUUUGCUGUGAAAUUAAUCAUGAUAAACAGUUGAACAGUAACUUGUGGACUGUGUGAGGUUGUGAGACAAGGCCGAGAGCACAAGGAAGCCUCACAAUACACAAUGUCGGUAACGAGGGAGUUGACCAUUGUAGGCGUGGUUUUAUUCAUCGCCGCUGGACUUUUGUUAUUUAUCAUGGCAUUUAUCGUGGUGAAGCGUCAGAUAUCAAGGUUUGCUACAAGAGGAGCCCAGAAGUCUAUAGGAUCAGGUGCUCCAAAGAUGUUUAAAAAGCAGAUAUUGGAAAAGUUAAAUCGAGUAUCUACUAUAAAGUAUGAACCCACUUUACUGAACAACAAAGUUAUGUCAUCUCCAGAUUCGAGUCACUACUUACACAGAAUGAAGGCCAUGGAUGCUUUCUCUAUGUUUGAUGAAACUAUAAAAACAGUAGACAGCAACUAUAAGGGUCGACACCCCAACACGAGGGUCAGAUGGUACCUGACAGGUCUGAGUAAAACUUACCUGUGUACCUGUCCCCUGGACCUGAUCAAUGACUUCUGUGAUGCCUAUGAGCAUGCCAGACACAGCCCAGAGAUGUUUGGAGAAAAUGAAUACAACAAUUACAUGAAACUUUUGACUCGGCUUUUAGAUAGUCUGAAGAAAGGAUUUGAAAUGAAAUCACCUCAGAUUCCUGCAGAGAUUUCUGCUCUUGAUUCAAAAGUAUCAAUUGACAAAAAACAAAGAAUAAAGAUGGAGGUGCUCCAAAAGACCAACCGACUGUACCAGACCUCAGAGGAUCUGAGACUCCGGACUCGGAGCGGGAGUAGUGGGCACUCCAGUCUCCUGGACAGCGGCCGGUCCAGUCAGCCGAGCAGUGAGCAGACAGAACGGGAAUCUCCGGAGAGGAUCGCGAUGGUGGAACUCAGUACCAACGACAAGGAGAACCUGGUCUGAGUGGAGUCAUGGUCUGAGUUUACUCAUGGUCUGAGUGUACUCAUUGGUCUGAGUGGACUCAGUCAAGUCAGGAAAUGAAGGAUGGGACAACUGUGCAAUCUUACUAUCAACUGUGUUUGGAUACAAUCUCACUAUCCAUUGAAUGAGCAAAGAACGAACUUUAUGAAUAAAUAUUAUUACCAUCCAUUGUGUGAUUGAUUAUACAAUAGAGCUAUUCACUGGAUGGGAAUGCAAUCUAGCUAUUCACUGUAUGGAUAAACAGUCUAGCUAUUCUUUGUAUAGAUAAACAAUCUAACAAUGGAAUAAUAAUUGAACUUUCCACUGUAUGGAUAAACAAUCUAACUAUGGAUAAACAGUCUAUCUAUCCAUUGUAUGGAUAAGCAAUCUUACUAUUUACUGUAUUUACUGUAUUUAUUAUAAACAAUCUAUUUACUGUACGGAUUAACAAUUUAAUUAUUUACUGUAUGGAUAAACAUUCAUUCAAGGGACAUACAGUUUGCUAAAAUGCCAAACAACUGGCUCUGAAAAGAACUCAUACAUGUACUGUAAACAUAUUUUUGUGUCAAGAUUAUAGACCGAUAUACAGAGCUUCAAACGUAAGACACUUGUAUAUUGUAAGAGCAGGAAAAGUUUAUUUUUCGCAAUGAUUAUCAUGACAUUUGUGUUGUUUAAUUCAUGUGUUGAUUCAAAACUGUGAGGUUGAGCAAAAGUAAACGUACAUGUACGUAUGUUAAUGUGAAUAAAUGAAAAAUAACUGUUAACACUGUACUACA